CAUGCAAAACACCAGUAAUGGUACGGGCAAUGUUUGGGUACGGAAUACAGAUGCUACUGCAGUUACUGAAAAUAGUAAAACUAUCAGUAAUACGCAGAAGUCACGUAAUCUGUCUUUGGAACUAGAUACCAAAUCCAAAGAUCCUAUACCACCAACGAGACGCAAAACAAACGCUAUGAAGCCUACACUACUAGCGCAAGCAUCAGCGAAAAUAUUCCUUGUUUGGUUAGAAUCUUUUGAAGAUCACAUUAACUUUCCAAUUGAUGAUUUACUGCCGUAUACCCGCACUGGAGAAGAAUCUCAAUUAUUACAACCACCACGUGCCGCUGAUUGUCACGUGAUAUUUUUACAUGCUCUACAAUCGGGUCUGUUGCGCGUCAAACUACAAGGUCCGGCAGGACGUAUGAGUUUUGCUACACCAUUAGUUGAUGGCAUGGUACUGAGUCGACGUGUUGUUGGAACCUUGGUGCGUCAAACUGCACACAAUAUGGCCAAACGCAGGCGUUUGGAUAACGAUAACUAUCAACCGCCUCAUGUACGCCGCCGUCUAAAGGUACAAGACAUUGUACAAAAAUAUAAAAUGGAUUUAACAGAACCUGAACUUUUAGCUCACCUAUUUAAGAGUUCAAUUUAGUUUUAAGUAUUUUAUAUUAACAGUAUUAAUA